AUGGCGGAACAGGAGAGCUUGGAGUUCGGCAAAGCCGACUUUGUGCUGAUGGACGCCGUCACCAUGCCUGAGUUCAUGGCUAACCUCCGCUUGCGGUUUGAGAAGGGUCGGAUUUACACCUUCAUCGGGGAGGUGGUGGUGUCCAUGAACCCCUACAAGAACCUGAACAUCUAUGGGCGGGACACCAUCGAGCAGUACAGAGGGAGGGAGCUCUACGAGAGGCCUCCGCACCUCUUCGCCAUCGCCGACGCCGCCUACAAGGCCAUGAAGAGGCGCUCCAAGGACACCUGCAUCGUGAUUUCAGGUGAGAGCGGGGCUGGGAAGACAGAGGCCAGCAAAUACAUCAUGCAGUACAUAGCAGCCAUCACCAACCCUGGGCAGAGGGCUGAGGUGGAGAGGGUGAAGAACAUCCUGCUGAAGUCCAACUGUGUGCUGGAGGCCUUCGGCAACGCCAAAACCAACCGCAACGACAACUCCAGCAGGUUUGGGAAGUACAUGGACAUCAACUUUGAUUUCAAAGGAGACCCAAUAGGGGGGCACAUCAAUAACUACUUACUAGAAAAGUCUCGUGUGAUCGUGCAGCAGCCAGGGGAGCGAAGCUUCCAUUCUUUCUACCAGCUUCUCCAGGGAGGUUCUGACCAGAUGCUGCAUUCUCUACAUCUGAAGAAGGAUGCAUCUGCAUACAGCUACAUCUGCCCUGGAGCACAGAUAAAGUGUUCCAUCAAUGAUGGUGCAGAGUUCAAAGCGGUCGCUGAUGCCAUGAAGGUGAUAGGCUUCAAGCAGGAGGAAAUUCAGACUGUCUACAAGAUUGUGGCAGCCAUUCUCCACUUGGGGAACUUGAAGUUCUCAGUGGAUGGUGACACUCCUGUGAUAGAAAAUGACAAGGUGGUGUCCAUCAUUGCUGACUUGCUGUCCACUAAAGCUGAGAUGGUGGAGAAGGCUCUCCUGUUCCGAACGGUCGCCACUGGCCGGGAUGUCAUCGACAAGCAGCACACCGAGCAGGAGGCCACCUAUGGCAGAGAUGCCUUUGCCAAGGCCAUCUAUGAGAGGCUCUUCUGCUGGAUCGUGACUCACAUCAACGAUGUGAUCGAGGUGAAGAACUAUGACACCACAGUCCAUGGCAAGAACACUGUCAUUGGUGUCCUGGACAUCUAUGGCUUCGAAAUAUUCGACAACAACAGCUUUGAGCAGUUUUGCAUCAAUUACUGCAACGAGAAGCUCCAGCAGCUCUUUAUUCAGCUGGUUCUGAAGCAGGAGCAGGAAGAGUACCAGCGAGAGGGAAUUCCCUGGAAGCAUAUUGAUUACUUCAACAACCAGGUGAUCGUGGAGCUGGUGGAGCAGCAGCACAAGGGCAUCAUUGCCAUCCUGGACGACGCCUGCAUGAACGUCGGCAGAGUUACAGAUGAGAUGUUCCUGGAGGCUCUCAACAGCAAGCUGGCCAAGCAUGCUCAUUUCUCCAGCAGGAAGCUGUGUGCAACUGACAAAACGCUGGAGUUCGACAGAGACUUCCGGAUCAAGCACUACGCCGGGGACGUGAUCUACUCAGUCUCUGGCUUCAUUGACAAAAACAAGGACACCUUGUUUCAGGACUUCAAGCGCCUCAUGUACAACAGCUCUAACCCUGUGCUGAAGAUGAUGUGGCCUGAAGGCAAACUGAGCAUCACAGAGGUAACCAAGAGACCUCUGACAGCUGCCACCCUCUUCAAGAACUCCAUGAUUGCACUGGUGGACAACCUGGCAUUGAAGGAGCCCUACUACGUGCGCUGCAUCAAGCCCAACGACAAGAAGUCUCCGCAGCUGUUCGAUGAGGAGCGCUGCAGGCACCAGGUGGAGUACUUGGGGCUGCUGGAGAACGUCAGGGUGCGCAGGGCAGGCUUUGCCUACAGACAGACCUACCAGAAGUUCCUCCACAGGUACAAGAUGAUCUCAGAAUUCACUUGGCCAAACCAUGACCUGCCCUCAGACAAAGCUGCUGUGCAGAAGCUGAUCGAGUGCCAUGGCUUCCAGCACGACGUCGCCUACGGCAAGACCAAGCUCUUCAUCCGCACCCCUCGAACGCUCUUCACCUUGGAGGACCUGCAUGCCAAGAUGCUUGUGAGGAUUGUCCUCUUCCUGCAGAAGGUGUGGCGGGGCACCCUGGCUCGCCUGCGCUACAAGCGGACGAAGGCUGCGCUCAGCAUCCUCAGCUUCUAUCGGCGCCACAAGGUCAGGGCCUACCUGCGGGAGGUGCUGCGCCGCUUCCAGCACGUGAGGCACAUGAGGGACUAUGGCAAGCACCUGCAGUGGCCAACACCACCCAAGGUCCUGCGCCGCUUCGAGGAGGCUCUCCACAACAUUUACCACAGGUGGAGGGCAGGGGAACUCAUCCGGAGCGUCCCACCAGAAGUCCUACCUCAGCUGAGGGCCAAGGUUGCUGCCAUGGAAGUGCUGAAGGGUCACAGAGCUGACAUUGGCCUACAGAGAGCCUGGCAGGGGAAUUACAUCGCACUGAAGGCAGAGAGCCCUCAGGCCACAGGCUCCUUCAUCCCUGUUGCCACCGAGCUGAAGCGGAAGGACAAGUACAUGAAUGUCCUCUUCUCCUGCCACGUCCGCAAGGUCAAUCGCUUCAACAAGGUGGAGGACAGAGCAAUCUUCAUUACUGACAGACACCUCUACAAGAUGGACCCCAUGAAGCAGUACAAGGUGAUGAAGACCAUCCCCCUCUAUAAUCUGGUAGGACUGAGUGUCUCCAAUGGCAAGGACCAGCUGGUGGUCUUCCACACAAAAGACAACAAGGAUCUCAUUGUCUGCCUCUUCAGCAAAGAGCCCUCCAGUGACAGCAGGAUUGGGGAGCUAGUGGGAGUCCUGGCAAGCCACUUCAAGAGUGAGAAGCGAGCCCUGCAGGUCAGCGUCACCAACCCGGUGCAGUGCAGCCUGCACGGACGGAAGUGCACCGUCUCCGUGGAGACCAAGAUCAACCAACCCCAGCCGGACUUCACCAAGCACCGCUCCGGCUUCAUCCUCUGCGUGCCGGGCAAUUAG